AUGUGUUUCUUCAGUCUAGAUAAAAUUCUCAUGUGAGAACGUCAGUUAAGUGGCAUUGUUCGCGCUGGUGAAUGUUUGUAAAACGUUUGGCAAUCACUUAUUUUCAAAACAACACGUUUUUUUAAUUGAAUCCAAACGAAUCUCAUCGAAGUGUAAACGAAAAAAAAACAAUCGCUGAAACGAAAGAAACAAAAACAGAAUGGCUCUCAGUCGUUGCUCAAUUGCUGUGAUGCUGAUGAUGAUGGUGGCUUUGGUGGUUUUUGUAGCGGCAAAUGAUUGUCCCUCACCCACCAAAAUCUAUACCUGCUCCCCACGUUGCUAUAAAGAUAGCGAUUGUGCCACUUCAGGUGGUAAGUGUUGCCAAGAUAAUUGCAAUCAAAAGUCUUGUGUACCACGUCAUAUGCUAUCGAAAUAUGGAGAUUCAAGCAAUACUCGCCCCGACAAAUAUGGACCCAAUAAAGGAUCAGUCUAUUGUGGCAAUGUCAAGUGCACAGCCUUCGAAAGAUGUGAGGUGGAUCGCAUUACCAAGAAGGAGAGAUGUGUCAGAGCUUGAAAAAUUUCGAUAAAAUACGCAACCAGAAUCGUAAUGAUGAUAAAUCAAAUGAAAGAGUGCACUUGUAAUAGUAAUCGCCUAUAUGUUAUUUUCAUUAUCUUAUCUGCAUUUUAUUUCCACUAUAUCAAUAAAUUUGUUUUUUUAUGAAAACACUAAA